GCUCUAGUCAUUUUUUACAUUGCAUCGUUUUUUUUUUUUUUUUUUUUUUCCCCUUCAAUCUUCUUCCUCAAGCAAAAUGGCGUCUCUGCUGAUUCAGCUCAAUCCGAACAACAAGUACCACUUUGAGGAGUACCGUGUGCCGUCGUUCGUCUUCCACCGCACGACGCUCAUGAUCUCGUCGAUCAAGGCUACGCUCGCCGUCGCCCCAUUGGCGCUGCAACGCAACCCGGACAACUCGCCCAAGGUCAAUCCUCGCGCCAUCCCGUCGAUCUGGGCGCGCACCGUCCUCCGCGAACUCUGCGUCAUCUCGACCAAGACAUGCUUGCAGCGUCUGGUGCUCAACGUGUGCACUCUGCAGACGGCGUCGCACUUCAUGAAGUCAUUGCCCGCUUCGGCUGUCCGCAAGGUCGCACGGUACGACUCCAAGCUCAUCGGCUCGCUCAAGGUUGCCCGUGCUGGUCUGGCGGCGCACCUCCUCACACACCUCGCGCUGUUUGUGGUCGAGGAGGUCAUUGAUCUGUACACGUACUAUCGCUCGCUCAAGGAGAACGGCGACGACCAGAACGCCAAGGAGAAGUUCAUCAACAAGACCGACAAGAACCUGGUGCGCCUGAUUGGCUCUGUCGCCCUCGGCGCGCUCGGCUCGGCCAUCGGCACGCUCAUCAAGCCAGACCUUGGCACUCGCAUCGGCGGCUUGAUUGGCGACACCAUCUUGUACCUGUAGAAACUGACAAUGCACCGCACCUCGUUCUAAUGCGUUUUGCACAAGUUUGUUGGUUGAAUAUAGCAUGUAAUUGAUGGAGCAACGCAAGGAAGGCGACACAUCAACG